AUGCCGGCGGCCAACAUGAUGGAGAGCCUGCAGCCGCCCGCCCUGCAGGUGCCCGAGCCACGGGGCGCGCCCGAGGGCAGCCGGGUCUGGUCCAGCUCGUCGACCCCCACGCUCCGCCGCCGGCGCUUCAAGAUGCGCCGCACCAAGAAUGUGCAGGAGCCGAGCCUGGAGGCCGGGCUGAGCCGGGACCUGCCCGGCGUCUUGGCCCCGGGCAAGGAGUUUCUGCAGCUGCCGUCCAUCGAGAUCACGCCUUCCAGCGACGAGGACACCCCGUGGUCCAACUGCUCCACGCCCAGCGCUUCCCCGCGCCGCAAACGCUUCCUCCUCCGCAAGUGGCUGCGGGUGAGUGAGCGGAAGGAGUGCAGCGAAAGCAGCAGCCAGCAGAGCAGCCAUGACGAUGACUCUAGCAGGUUCCUGAGUCCUCGGGUGCGGGAAGAAAGCGCUGCCAGUAACUCCAACCGCAGCACGCCGGCCUGCUCCCCCAUCCUCCGGAAGCGGUCUCGCUCGCCACCGCCCCAGAACCCGGACGGAGACACCAUGGUGGAGAAGGGCUCAGAUCACUCCUCGGACAAGUCCCCGUCCACGCCGGAGCAGGGCGUGCAGCGCAGCUGCCCCGCGCAGUCCGGCCGCAGCGGCGGCAGGAACUCCAAGAAAAGCCAGAGUUGGUAUAAUGUGUUAAGCCCCACUUACAAGCAGAGAAAUGAAGACUUCAGAAAGCUCUUUAAGCAACUUCCAGACACGGAGCGCCUCAUCGUUGAUUACUCCUGUGCACUCCAAAGAGACAUUCUUCUUCAGGGCCGACUCUACCUCUCUGAAAACUGGAUCUGCUUCUACAGCAACAUCUUCCGCUGGGAAACUCUGCUGACCGUUCGUUUGAAAGACAUCUGCUCCAUGACUAAAGAAAAAACAGCCCGCCUCAUUCCCAAUGCCAUCCAAGUUUGCACUGACUCGGAAAAGCACUUUUUCACUUCAUUUGGGGCCCGGGAUAGGACGUAUAUGAUGAUGUUCCGGCUCUGGCAGAAUGCUCUCCUGGAAAAGCCCCUGUGCCCCAAGGAGCUCUGGCACUUCGUUCACCAGUGCUACGGGAAUGAGCUGGGCCUGACCAGCGACGACGAGGACUACGUACCCCCUGAUGACGACGUCAACACGAUGGGCUACUGUGAGGAGAUCCCUGUAGAGGAGAAUGAAGUGAAUGACAGCUCAUCCAAAAGCAGCAUAGAGACCAAGCCGGAUGCCAGUCCACAGCUGCCCAAGAAGUCCAUCACGAACAGCACACUGACGUCCACGGGGAGCAGCGAAGCGCCCGUCUCGUUUGACGGCCUGCCCCUGGAGGAGGAGGUGCUGGAGGGCGACGGGUCCCUGGAGAAGGAGCUCGCCAUCGACAGCAUCAUCGGGGAGAAGAUUGAGAUCAUCGCGCCCGUGAACUCCCCUUCGCUAGACUUCAACGACAACGAGGACAUCCCCACCGAGCUCAGUGACUCUUCCGACACCCACGAUGAAGGGGAGGUCCAGGCCUUCUACGAGGACCUGAGCGGCCGGCAGUACGUGAAUGAAGUCUUCAACUUCAGCGUGGACAAGCUCUACGACCUCCUGUUCACCGACUCGCCCUUCCAGCGGGGCUUCAUGGAGCAGCGACGCUUCUCAGAUAUCAUCUUCCAUCCGUGGAAGAAGGAAGACAAUGGAAACCAGAGCCGAGUGAUCCUUUACACCAUCACCCUUACCAACCCUCUGGCUCCGAAAACUGCCACUGUCAGGGAGACACAGACCAUGUACAAGGCGAGCCAGGAGAGCGAGUGCUACGUGGUCGACGCCGAGGUCCUCACGCACGACGUGCCGUAUCAUGACUACUUCUACACCAUCAACCGCUACACUCUCACCCGCGUGGCCCGGAACAAGAGUCGACUCAGGGUCUCCACAGAGCUGCGCUAUCGAAAACAGCCCUGGGGGCUGGUGAAAACGUUCAUCGAGAAGAACUUCUGGAGCGGGCUGGAGGACUACUUCCGCCACCUGGAGAGCGAGCUGACCAAAACGGAGAGCACCUACCUGGCUGAGCUGCACAGACAGUCUCCCAAGGAGAAGGCCAGUAAGCCCCCGUCGUCGGUGCGGAGGAGGAAGCGUCCCCACACCCAUCUGCGGGUGCCCCACCUGGAAGAGGCGAUGAGCCCCGUGACCACACCCACCGAUGAAGAUGUGGGCCACAGGAUCAAGCACGUGGCAGGUUCCACGCAGACACGGCACAUCCCCGAGGACAGCCCCAAUGGUUUCCACCUGCAGAGUGUGUCCAAGCUACUGCUGGUUAUCAGCUGUGUUCUGGUGCUGCUGGUCAUCCUUAACAUGAUGCUCUUCUACAAACUCUGGAUGUUGGAAUAUACCACCCAGACCCUCACUGCCUGGCAGGGUCUGAGGCUCCAGGAAAGGUUACCCCAGUCUCAGACAGAGUGGGCCCAGCUCUUAGAGUCCCAGCAAAAGUACCACGAUACCGAGCUCCAAAAAUGGAGGGAGAUCAUCAAAUCCUCGGUGAUGCUUCUUGACCAGAUGAAGGACUCACUCAUCAAUCUUCAGAACGGCAUCAGGGCCCGUGACUACACUUCAGAAAGCGAAGAGAAGAGGAACCGCUAUCACUGACAAGGCAGGAUCAGGGGCAGCUGCAGGAGGCCUGUGCAAUACAUGUACAUAGACCGUAUAAAUAUAUGUGUAUAAAUAGAGAGAAUAUAAAUAUAUAUAUUAUAUACAGAUUUUAAAAAGAGAUAAUGCCUAUGUACCAGGGAGAAGGAGCGGGCCCGCCCCCUGUGCCAGCGGAGGGGCCGAGGAGGGCAGGGACCGCCUCUCAGCACCCACCUCCCCUGAUCCUCCUCCUCCUCCCCACCCUCUCGUCCCCACCCUUUCCCUCGCUGGCCAUUCUUGGCUCUGAGAAGGGAGAUGUGGAGCCAAAGUUAUGCCUGUGAAGACCCUGGGGUCGUGAAAAGAAGUCUCAAGGGGGCAUUGCUUAAGGUGCUUCAUUCCCUAAUCCCCUUUUGAUUCGUUUCCAAAAUAAACGAGAAUCUUUUUUUCCCUACCCAACACUUCCCCAAGUGUUCUCUUGGGAACAAGGAAGCAUCCAAAGCAGGGCGCAAGCUGAACUCUGCCAUAUGAGGCCGCCCCCUGUAUGUGGACCGCGCACCGUGAGUCAGGUGCAGAGGACCGCGGGACAGCUGGGGAGGCAGCUCUGGAGGGUUUGGGCUUUGUAGCCACAGGCUCCUGAGGGCUUGUGUUCUGAAGGGCAUUCUCCUCCAUCACCCCCUGUAACCUUCCUCUACCCUGCGUGGGGUGUGGACCCAAUAAGGGCUGGGGAUUUCUUACUUUCCCACCCUCCCCGCCCCCCCCUCUCUCUGGUCUUUUCCCAGGCUGGAUCUGGGUGAAGUGUCACUUUUUAGUGCCUAAAGCCCUAUUUUUCCUCUGUGCCCUAAGAGCACAUUGUUUAUUCGUCAGGGUGGGGGAGCAUUUUUGAUCUUGUUAAACCUCUUUUAGCGAUUGUAAGCAGGUCGGGUCUGUGGCUCUAAUCCCUUCCCUUUGAGCUGUCAUUUGAUUUCUAGGAUGAAUCAGGGUGUGUUCUAGGGCCUCCCGGGUUUGAGAGAGUGAAUGCACUAGCCACGUAAGAAUUGUAGGGUCUAACCACAGAACUACUAUGAGUCUCAGCACCUAUAUCCAAGCAGUCUUUGGCGGCCAGCCUCAUUUCCUCU